AUGGCUCCGGGAAUUUCGAGUGACGAAAUUCCAGUGAUAUCUCUCUCUGGAAUCGAUGAUGUUGGUGGGAAAAGAGAAGAGAUGUGCUGUCAGAUCGUGGACGCUUUCGAGAACUGGGGCAUGUUCCAAGCGGUCGACCAUGGUGUCGAUACAAAUUUGAUGGCUGAUAUGACUCACCUUGCGAGAGAUUUCUUUGCCUUAACUACUGAGGAGAAGCUGCGUGGUGGUAAGGGCGGCUUCAGCGUCUCUAGUCACCUCCAGGGAGAGGCUAUGAAGGACUGGAGGGAGAUAGUGCUCUAUUCCACGUACCCUGUGAGUAACAGAGACUACUCAAGGUGGCCAGAUAAGCCGGAUGGAUGGUUAAAAGUGACGGCUGAGUAUAGCGAGAGGCUGAUGUGUUUGGCUUAUAAGGUCCUUGAGGUUUUGUCUGAAGCUAUGGGACUUGAGAAAGAUGCCCUAAAAAAUGCAUGCGUUGAUAUGGAGCAGAAAAUCGUUGUUAAUUAUUUCCCAAAACGCCCUAAACCUGACCUAGCACUCGGGAUGCGUCACACUGACCAUGGAACUAUAACUUUGCUACUCCAAGACCAAGUCAGUUGCUUACAAGCUACAAGGGACAACGGCAAGACAUGGAUUACGGUUCCCUUAGUUCCAGGAGCGCUUGUCAUCAAUCUCGGUGACAUUGGUCACUACCUGAGCAACGGGAGGUUCAUGGCUUCCGACCAUCAGGCGGUGGUGGACUCAAACUCUAGCAGACUGUUCAUAAACACAUUCCUCUUUCCGGCUCCCCAUGCCACCGUGUAUCCGCUAAAAGUAAGAGACAAAGAGAAGGCAAUCAUCGAGGAGCCAAUCAGUUUUGAAGAGAUAACUAAGAAAAAGCUAGAAGAUCUCUAG